AGGGGAAAGAGAGUCACUAAACUGGACUGUUGAAUAGAGGAAGUGUGUGAAUAAAGGAAAGAGACGGAACGGCUCAGUGGACUGUGAAAAAGGAAGUGUGUGUGUGUGUGUGUGUGAGAGGGUGUGUGUGAGAAGGUGUGUGUGAGUGUGUGUGAGUGUGUAACGCAGUGAGACACUCAGAGCUCCAUGUGGAUCAGUAAUGCUGGAAUGGAGAGAGACAGAAUCUCAGCACUGAAGAGGUCAUUCGAGGUCGAGAACGUAGAUUCAUCUUCGCACUCUUCCUCUCCUCACAUGCGUCGCUCUCCCGCCGUACAGCGCAGCGCCAUCUCUCCGUCCCUCGGCCGCCAACAUGAGCUCGGUGCCAACGGGGCAAUCAAACCCAAACCACAGAUUCCCGAAUCUUCAUCACGCCGUGCCGAGCUCAGCAUCGGCAUCAACCCCAAACCUGUCGACAGCUCGCCCAGUGCUGGAAUCUCCCGCUUCUGCCUGAGGAAGCCUGAGGUUUCGGGCCACAACAAGAUGCCAGAAGUGCAAAAGCACUCUGUCAUGUUCGGCAAGACCCUUGAUAGCACCACUCAAGUCGUCAGGACGCCAUCCAAUGUCAGCGCAAGACAACUGUCUGAAACUACUGUCAGGAGGAACGAACCACCAGAGAUCAACAUCAGCAAGCCACCUGAGGUCAGAGGUCAAGAGAAUCAUCAACAUUCAUCUGCAAUCACAAUGAGAUGCUCGUCACCCAGCCACGCCGGAUGGAAACCACCCGGCAAUGAGGGACGCGGUACGUACUCAGCUAUUCAUAAUUAGCUAUAGCAGAAUGUG